AUGGAUAUCCAAAUCCAUGCAUCUGCUGCUCCAUUUUCCACCAAAAAUAUGAGCAUUCAGGAUACUCGCCGCUCUGUCAAAUAUCAUCCUAGCAUUUGGGGAGAUUAUUUCCUUGCGUAUUCUUCUAAUGAUAUAUUGGCCCACGAAGAGCAAGAACAUCAAAGAUUAAAAGAAGAAGUGAAAAAGUUGCUAGUGGCUGCCCCAGAUGAUUCAUUGUAUAAACUAGACCUCAUCGAUGCAAUCCAACGUCUUGGAGUUGGUUACCAUUUUGAAAAAGAAAUUGAAAAAUCUUUAAAAUACAUGUAUGAAACUUAUCAUGAAAGUCCCAAUAAACAAAACAAUGAUCUUCGUACUGUUGCUCUUCGAUUUCGAUUACUCAGACAACGAGGAUAUUGUGUCUCAUGUGAUGUGUUCAACAAAUUCAAGGACAGCCAAGGAAAAUUUGAGGAUUCUUUGAUUAGCGAUGUACCAGGGCUGUUAAGCUUGUACGAGGCUGCACACUUUGGAGUACACGGGGAGGAAAUUCUAGAAGAAGCAUUGAAAUUUUCUGCCACUCGUCUCGGAUCCUCGAUCCACCAGGCGAGCAAUUCUCUCUCCAGACAAGUUAGUGAAGCCUUGGAGAUGCCAAUUCAUAAAACUUUGACAAGGCUCGGAGUCAAGAAAUUCUUAUCCAUUUACCAAAUAUCAGCUUGGUUCGCCUCUGAGGAUAUAAACCAGGAAUGCCUUCACUCAACUGCAGUACCAAUGGCUGUUCUCUUACGAGUAGUCAAUCUUGCACGUGUCAUCAAUCUUCUAUGCAAAGACACUGAUGGAUACUCAAAUUCUAAAACAAAGUUAAAAGAUUUCAUAACAUCCAUAAUCAUACAACCAGUGAUAAUAUCCAAAUGA